CAUAGAUGGUACCACGCUAUAAACCACGGUGGUACCCAUGGUGGUACCUAACAUAGAGAUAUGCGUUUGAUUAAGUAUUUACCUAACAGUUGUUAUAAUUGUCAUUAUUGACGUAUUUUUUAUAAAAAUAUUUAAUUAUUUUUGUAAACCAUGUAUAUCAUAAAUAUUUAACUGAUUUUAGUUUAUUUUGAUACUUAUAAUUUAUUUUUAAUUAUUUAUUAAUAAAAAUAUGGCAAAUGCGAAAUCUAUGAGAAGUGUGAAAUCUCUGUCCAUACGGUCGAUUAGGUCAUCGGGAGUGGAGAAAGCGUUUCGGGAAGAAAAAAAAGGAAAUGGCGAUAUACACAGCUUCGACAAAAUUUUAAUCAUGGCCUGCAAGAAAUUCGAUUGCCCUUACAUAGUAAAUGUGCCUAAGCAGGUUAAACCAGAUUACCUCAAGAAUUUCAAACAAGCAAAUAUAAAACUUAGAUCUAAGCGGAUAAGUGUAUUGUCAGAGCACUUACCCGUGCCUAACGAAUCUGAUAUAAAAAUUGAACGAAAGAGUUCUUCUCGAUCUUCUAUUAAAACUGAAUAUAUUUCUAUCGAACCGCUUCCUAUUAUUACCGUAACUAUGGUGUAUGACAACUACAAUACUCUAACAGAAAUUCUCAUUACAAAAAUGAAGGAUGUACCAAGAUCGUUGCUGAGGAUAUUCCAUCUAUUAUUACCUUACUAUCGAAACUUGGUACGGAUAACUAUUAGUAAAUGUGAGAUAAAUAUGUACACGAUAUAUAAGUUGGGCAAAAUACUUGAAACCUCCACGAUUACUGAGGUAUGCCUUGAUGACUCACCAGUGGCAGGAGCCAACUAUGCAAUGCUAUUAGAAACCACGAAGCUCAGGUAUCUCUCUCUAUGCAGAUGUAAUAUAGGGGUCGAAGCAUGCAAAUCAAUAGCUGCAAAGUUGCACUACGCGGCUUCUGCUCAGAAUUUAUUACUUUUAAAUCUAUCUUCAAACCGCAUAACAGAUGAAGGGGCAAAACAUAUAAGUAACGCUUUGAGAAAUAAUAGACAUUUGCGGUAUUUAAAUCUCGCCGACAACCACAUCACUGACUGCGGUGCUGGUCAAAUUUUAGACAUUUUAAUUGAAUUCCCUCUGACUUCUGACGAAAUAAUAAUCAUGCGGCGGAGGCGUUUGGAAUAUUGGAAACGUAGAAAUGAUAUUUAUGCCAAAUGUUUAGCUCAGCUCUGUCAUAAAAAAGUAAAUGACGUCAGUCAACUUCGCAAGAAAUCGCCAAGAAGAAAAAUAUCUUCGACAAGUCUUAAAAACAAAUCAAGUGUAAGAAAAGAGAAAGACGCAGAUGAUGACUACAUAAAAACAAAAGCUGAGAUGCUUACAACAGAAGUUGUAGGUCCUUUCGAAGAUCCUUUUCGUUCAGAAACAAUUAAGCAUAUUGACGGACACGUUUACAGUAUUGGAAAUAUGACACUGUCUUAUCUAAAUUUAGCUUACAAUAACUUAUCGUAUUUGAGCGUCAGAAAAUUACAGAAUGUGAUAAAAUAUCAAAAUAACUACAAAAGUAGUGGAGGUCUCAUAAAAGUUGUGAUUGAAGGGAACAAAUUGCCAAUUUCUUGUCCAGAACUGACUAAUGUAGAUGAGAUGAUGGCAAGAAAUAGUCUUAAAAUAAAUCGUGUUGAAAAACAGUAAGAAAUAAAAAUAAAAUAAUCGCUCUUGCUGGAAACAUUUUAUUUUU